AAAACAUUUUUGAUUGUGUUUUUGGCUUCAUUUUGCAUUUGUUUUCAAAGAGUUAUUUUUCGAUUCAAAAUCGAGAAUUUUACUUUGUGAAAUACUGUGCUUUUCGAGAAUAAGCUCGAGUCUCAAUAUUUUCAACUUUAUUCGUAUCAUUUAUAGCAAUGGCUCAUUAUUUUAGAGAAGAAGAUAUCGAUGAAUUUCGAGAAUGUUUCUACCUGUACGCUCGUAGUGGACAAAUACGGACUUUAGAUGAACUCUCUGUCAUUAUGAGAUCACUGGGCAUGAGCCCUACGAUUUUCGAACUAAAGAAGUACAUGAAAGAAAGAAAUGGUAAAAUAUCCUUCCCAGAAUUUCUGAAAAUUAUGCAUACUCAUAGUCAAGUAGAAAAAUUACCUAAAGAAGUGGUCGACGCGUUUAGAGCUUCGGAUACUGGAAAAAAUGGAUUAAUUACUGCUAAACAUCUACGACAUUUGUUGCUUAAUUGGGGAGAACAAUUAAGUGGUAAAGAAGUCGAUCAGAUUUUCCGCGAAGCUAACGUUUCUCUCAAUGGAAUGGUCAAAUACGAAGAUUUUGUUAAAAUUGCCUGCGCUCCUGUUCCAGAUUAUUAUUAAUCGAUUCGUAUAAUUUGACUUAUUUAUUUCUAUCCGUCCUAUAUUUUUUUUCAUUCUUAUUGCGUAUAAAAUUUGCCAAAAUGUAUUUUAUUUUAAUUUUUUCUAUGUAAGUUUUAGUUGUUUUAAUAAGUUAUUUAUUCAUUUUGUAUGUUACUUUUUGUGGUGUGGUGAAAUAUUGUGAUAUAUUAAUUUUUUUCUCAAUAAGGUUAUUAUAUUUUUUUUAUUGCUA